CCGACACGAAGUGAGGCUACAGUUUACGCUAGAAACCGAAGUUAAUGGAAAGUUGCCAUACCUAGAUAUGACGGUGAUCAGAAACGAGGACCAAACUCUGCAUACCGAAUGGUUCAUGAAAUCAAUAGCUUCCGGAAGGAUGCUGAACUGGCACUCCUUCCACCUACCCAAAUAUAAAGUAAACGUCGCAAGAAACUUUAUACACAGGGUCUGUACACUAUCCACCAACUUAAACACAGCUGCGAAGAAGAAAAUCAUCCAGAAUCAGCUCAUCAUGAACGGGUAUCCGAAAACAUUGAUAAACAGAAUCUUCCAUCUGUACAUCAAUCAAAACAAUCAUCACGGUAGACAGGAACAAACAGCUUCUAUCACAGAAAUACCAGCCCGAACAGCUAUGCCGCCAACCAUCCAACACCAAUCAUCGUCCCAACCAACAAUCCAGCCAUCCAACCCAUCGAUCGAUCGUCCGACAAAUCAGUCACAGCUACAGUCAUCAACAUGCUCCAAUGCCAUCUCAUCGACACGACCGCUCAUAAUAACCAGCACAGAUCCUUCGGCACCUGGAAUGGACACUCAACGUGAAAUUGCCUCAAUAAUUCAACGACCUCCAAAUGCAUAUAAUAUCGAGCCAACAACAACAAACCACGGAGAACAUCUGAUCUACCGAUCCAUCCCAUACGUCGCAGGACUAUCCGAAUGCAUCAUCCACAUCCUCAACAGAGACUACAACAACAUCACCAUCGCAUGCAGACAAACCAAAACCAUCCAACGUUUCCAUACACCCGUAAAAGACCCGAUUAGUAUGCUAGAUAGGAGUAGAGUAGUAUACAAAAUACCAUGCAGCAAUUGUAAACAAUGCUACAUUGGUAUGACCAACAACAGAUUACAAACAAGAUUAUACGGACACAAAACACAUAUUAACAAACUAAACAGGCUAAAAGAAUUAGGGUAUAGUAAAACCGAUACAGAUAUGAUAACAUUGAGAGAGCGAACAGCGUUAAUCGAACAUUGCAUCGAUCACGACCACAUGUUCAAUCUAGGCCAGGUCACAGUGUUAGACAGAAGCAAUCACACGAACACACUCGCAUUUCUAGAAAUGUGCCAUAUCACUAACACACCACACACAGUAAAUCAUCGCACAGACGUUAGUGGGUUAAACUCCACAUACGCAGCCAUCUUACAAACCUUUUGCAAAACAUUUCAAACCCAUCAAACAACUAAUGAUCCACCAUCUUCAAACCAACCGUUACCUCCACCAGAUGUGUAGUGCGAAGAAUUUAGUUGCUUCAUUAAGUGAAAUUAAAAAAACUCGCUACGUUUCACUUAAUAUCCCACAUCCAAUGUUCAAUAGUUUAGACACCGACAGUUCUAUGUCAACCCAAACGAAAAACGAUUAAUCAGAAUGUAAGUGAACUAUCGAAACAUGUAACCCACACAAUAAUGAUUCCCAUAAUUACAGUAUCCCCUGAAGAAGACUCUAAUACGAGUCGAAACGUUGGGAAAAAUCUAAAACUAUCGUUUUAAUUCCCCAAGACUGCAGUGCCGAAGUAGCUAUAUAGAUCGUAACAGUCGAACUCUCCUUAUCCGUAACCCCAAACUUUUGGCCGAUACAUCAUAUUGAGGGGUGACCCCAAAGUUUUGGUCGAUGACAUCAAGGAUUAAUUUACUUAAUAACUUUUUUCUAGAUUUUUUAGCUAAGUUCUGUAAAAAGCAGUUGAAAGCUAAUAGAAAAUGGGUCAUAUUACCGCUCUCAUCUUAAAAUUUGGUCGUCCCAAUUUCCAGCGACACUGCCGUAAGUUUAUAUUCAUUUUUUAGAAAAUUUGGCAACUUUGGGUCAAGUUUACAUAGAAAUUUUUUUGAAAAAGUUUCUUUUAAAUCAUGUUUAAAGUUUCUUUGACUUAUUAUCUUUUGAAUGAAACCUAGGGUUUUGAA